UUUCAGGUUUUUUUCAGUUCCUUUUUUAACGCGAGACAGUCUAGACGGUGGUCGUAAUGCUGUGCUGGGUGUAGUAGAAAAAAAAAGUUCAAUUGAAACAAUGAACCGAUCAAUAAAUAUCAUUAAAUUACAUUGAACGACAACAACAAAAAAAGUGAACAACUAAAUUUAAUAUGGAAACAAAAACAACAAACUAUUGUAAAAGAAAUUAAAAAAAACGCAAAGUUUUCGUCUAAACAAACGGGGAAUAGAAGGCGAAAACCCUACAAAUUUUUUUAUAAUUAUUUUAACAAAAAAAUCCAAUACCAAAAAGUACAGUGUAUGUGGUAAUAUAUUGUGGAUUUAAUAAGUAAAAGAAGAAGAAGCAGCAGCAGCAUAGCAGACACACAAAGUAGAGAAAGAAAGAAAAAUCAAACCGCACACUCGUACACACACACACACACAGAAAGAAAAAUUGUUAGAGAAACGACAACGAGGAGGGCCAACAAUCAGAAGAAGAAAAAAACCAAUGCAAGGCAGCCAAGCACAAGCAUGGAAAUAAAAAAAAUGUGAAAAGAUAAUCAAAUGUUUGAAUAAAAGAUGAGAAGUGUAAGGGGAGAAGAUGAUGAUGGUGGUAGUGAUGUAUGUACGUGUGCGUUGUGUGAUGUGAAUAGAAGAAACAAGUGAAUAACAAAAAAAAAAAGUAUACAAAUAAUAAUAAAACAAAAAAAAAACACAUGACAUGAAUGUGUAAGCGAAGAUUACAGCAAAAAAAAAACAAAGUUGAAAGUACAACAACAUUUCAUUUUAUAUAUUACAACAAUAAAGCCAAAUUAAAUCAAAGAUAAUAGAAAAAGAAGAAGCAUAAAUUUAUGAUGUUUAGAAAUUAAAUGCCACAGUGCGAUAGAUAGAGAGAGAGAGAGAGCGAGAGCCAGUGUUGUGUGUGUUUUUUAUUCGAGUACAAGAACCCCCCACAACUGGGUCUGAGAGUGUGUGAGCGUAAGAGAGACUGCACACGGGAGAAUAAUAACAUGAUUGGUGUACGUGAUGUACAUGUUUUUCUUGACGGAGACGGGCAAACGGAAUUCAACGGCCGCCGCCGCUGCCGACUUUGUAUUGUGAAGUGUGUUCAGUGAGUGCAUGAAAAGUAUUUUCUUCUUGUUUUUUAUUUGUUGGGUUUUGGUGAGAACGAAACAAAGCAAACCACCAACAAAAAUAUAUUAUCAAAGAGGCUGAGAGAAUCAAUGCAAAGAGCAGAAGAAAUAGUGUUCAAUCAAACUAGCAGCAAGCAACCAACAAGAAUUAAACAGAAAUAGAAAUACAAGAGGAGGAAAAAGGAAGAAGAAGAGGAGCAACAUAAAAAGAGAUUAUUCGAAUAAUAUCUAAACCGUUCAAGCCUUUCAAUUGUGGAUUAUUUUAUACGACGUCAACAACAUAUUUGGAAUAUUAACACAAAAAAAAUUAAACAAAAAAAAAAAAAACACAAGACGAGUAACAAAACACGGACAUUUGAAAACAAAAUCGAAUUUUUUAAAAAUUUGAAACUAUUUUGGAUUAGCAGAACAAAAAUUAAAUAAACAAGACUCUUUUUGUGCUCUUACAUAACAACAUAAUAAAAAAACGGGAAAACGUAAAAAAAUACAAACGUUACACAGAAAGAACACUAUACAAAAAUUCAAAGAAUAAUAACAACAACAAAAACUCAUCAUAACAACAACAUUUUUUUACACUAAAUAGCGACAAAAAAUGAUGAUGUAUUCGCGCGAAAAUGUAUCGCUUUCUUAAUGCCCAGCAGCAGCUUAAAAAACGAACAAAAUUACGAAAUUAUCAUCAGUUGUUAUUAUAUUUCGUGUUGCCGCUAACAAAUUUUAACGCCGUUCAAAUUACUUUGACAUCAACGCCGUCGUCGUCGUCGCCGUUAUCAUCAUCGUCGCCGCCACCGUCGCCGCUUUCGCAGUCGUUGUGACCAUCCGUUAUGAAGACAACAUCGUAUUGUUUGUUUAAAAAGGAAACUAAAAAACAUAUUUAUAAAUUGCAAUUAUAACAUAUAACGUAGAUGAACACUUGUCAUAAGGCUUUUUGAAAAAAAACGGAACGGAACCGGAAGACCUUAAAAAAGAAAGUCAGAAAAUAAAAGCAAACCCUAUUACUUCCUCCUGCCAUCAUUAAGUAAAACUGAUACAAAUCAUAUUAUUUUGUAAAUUAUUUUUAAACCUCCUCCUACUGCUCCAACUCAUUCAUCUUGUAUGACAAAAAAUCAUAAACUUUCACCUAAAAAAAUAUAUAUUUAUUUAUAUUUCGAUAUAAUUUAUUUUGCUAAACAUUCGUCGUCGCCGUCACCAAGGAAUGCAAUAGAAACAUAUUUUUGUGUUUAAUUCAUCAUAAAUCAUAUUAGCAUUACAACAACAAUAAUAAUAUUAAACAACAAUAACAAAAAUAAAACGUAACAAAAAACUGCCUUUAAUAACCAACCAAUAAACAAACAAGCUCCAAAAAAAGCAACAAAAUAUCGAAUCGCUAAGAAAAAUUAACAACAAAAACAACAAGAUCUUCAACUCUACUACAACAAAAAAAAACAAAACAAAAAAAGUACCCACCGAUAAUCUGGCGUCAUACGCGUUUAACUUAACCUGGAACGCUCUAACAAUUAACAUCAUCAGCUUUUUCCUUAGAGAGAGAGAGAGAGAGAGAAAAAAAAACACCCACACAGCCAAAGCACCAAAGGAUAUUUUCUUCUGAAUACAACUACACAGGAUAACAUUUUCAACAAAAAACACACAACGAAAUAGGGAAAACACCAAUCUGCCCCCCAUUCCCCUCAACCAAAAUCGAAUUGAAACUUUCUCGUUGCGCACCCCCAUUUCGACCAUCAUCGCUUUUUCUUUCCGAAGUGAAAAAAACAGUAACAAAACCAUCAACCAUCGAGCCUUAUUUAAAGAGAUAUGGCAGCACCUCAAGUCAAAGACUUGGUGUUGCGCUCGCCAGCUGGUUCAUCUGAGGUAAUCACAUUCUCGUGGCCCCUGCAAGUUGGUACCGGUUCCGAUCGUCACGACAAUGGCAUCGAUAUUAUUGACACAAUUAAAUUUGUUUGCGAUGAACUGCCCAGCAUCUCGUCGGCAUUCGAGGAGAUUAAUCUUAAUCAUAUAGACACUGCCUGUUAUAAGACUAUGACAAAUCUUGUCGAUCGUUUUAAUAAAGCUGUUGACAGUAUUGUUGCAUUGGAAAAAGGAACCUCACUGCCCGCCGAGCGUCUUAACAAAUUCGCUCAUCCCAGUCUCUUAAGACAUAUUUUACAAUUAGUUUACAAUUUUGCCGUACUCGAUCCGGAUAAGCUAAACAAUUAUGAACCAUUUUCGCCGGAGGUCUAUGGUGAAACCUCCUAUGAAUUGGUCUUGCAAAUGAUCAAACAUGUUAAUGUUACAAAUGAUGAUACCUUCAUCGAUUUGGGUUCCGGUGUGGGACAAGUUGUUCUACAGAUGGCCGGUUCGUUUCCGCUGAAAUCAUGUAUUGGCAUUGAAAAAGCCGAUACGCCGGCCCGCUACGCCGAACGUAUGGAUAUGUUCUUUCGCCAAUUUAUGGCAUGGUUCGGUAAACGUUUUUGUGAAUACAAAUUGCUCAAGGGUGAUUUUUUGGUCGAUGAACAUCGCGAGAAGAUAACAAGUUCAUCGCUGGUAUUUGUAAAUAAUUUUGCAUUCGGACCGAAUGUCGAUCAUCAGCUGAAGGAGAGAUUUGCCGAUUUGAGAGAUGGUGCGAGGAUUGUAUCGUCGAAAUCAUUUUGCCCAUUGAAUUUUCGUAUAACCGAUAGAAAUCUCAGCGAUAUUGGCACAAUUAUGCAUGUCAGCGAAAUACCUCCCCUUAAGGGCUCCGUAUCAUGGACCUGCAAACCGGUUUCCUAUUAUCUGCAUGUCAUCGAUCGUACAAUAUUAGAACGUUACUUUCAACGGCUCAAAACACAAAAAGGUGCUGAAAACGAUCACGUGGGCGGCUCAACACGUACCACUCGAGAUCGGGCCAAACGUGAAGCCAAUAAUCAGGCAAAUUCACAAAAUUCCAAUUCAUCGCUUACAGCUCGUACCAAUUCUCCUGCUGCUCAUGCCAAAGAUAACAACAGCAAUAGCAACUCGAACAACGGUGGCAGUAACAACAACAACAAUUCCAACACCAGCACCGCCGCUAGUAACACAACAACAACUACAAGCAGCACAAAAACCAGACAGCAGCAGCAACAACAACAGCAGCAGCAGCAACAACAGCAACGUAGUGCUGAAAUGGAAACUUCAACCGAAAGUGAUGGAGAUGCGGCCACAACAAAUGGUGGCAAUAGCAAUGGCAGUGGUGGACCUGUUACUCGCAAAAAUUGGUCCGAUUGGGCCAGUUCCAAGGGUAAAAGUUCACAAUCGGAUGAGGAGGAGAACAAUAAUCAAACCACCACAACAUCUUCCACGCGUACGGUACGCACCACGACACAAAAGAAACGCAAGAAACUAACCCGCAAGGCUGCCAUUGCUAGUAAGAGUGCUGCAGCCGCUGCCCAAAGGGAGGCAGCUGCCAAGGAAAGAGCCGAGGCGGCUGCCGCUGCGGCCAAGGAUAACUCCUCCAAUCAGGAUGGUGGCGGUAACAACUCAGCCGGUGGCAGCAGUAGUGCCAAGGGAACAUCAGCUGGUGGCGCCGGCACAGCGGCUGGUCGUAAGGGUCGCCUAAAGAAGGGCGCCGUACGAGGCAAACGCUGCGCCAACAUUGCUGGCCUGGAAAUUCUACACAAACAAACCCUGCUCUCCACCUCCAUAGAGGCAAUGAGCAAAAAAUUACCCCCCGCCCCCGGAUGUGUUGAUCAGCAACUGACCUCCCUGCUAACCGAUAAUAUGGCUCAUCGUGAAUUGGACAUACCCACUCAGCCGAAUGACACGCCCUAUGCUUUGCAGAUUUUGCUUGAUGUUUUCCGUUCGCAAUAUAUGGCCAUGAUCGAACAGAUGAAAUCGAAAUCAUUUGUGCCGAAUAUCAAGCGACAAAUCCAAUUGGAACAGGAACGCAAGCAACGCAUUAAGAAUCGUGCCUCACAACUGGACAAACAAAUCAAGGUGCUAAUCGAUGACAGUGUGGCCCUGCUCAAGGUGCGCAUGAAUGAGUUGGGCAUAAAUGUUUCGUCGCCCAACGAUUUAAUAGCGAAGGCCAAGGAAAUAGUGGGGCGCCACAAGGAGCUGCAAGGUGUGGCCAAGAAAAUUCAAAGUCAGGUGACAGCCUGUGAAAUGGAGCAAAGGCGUUUGCUCAAGAAACACCUGCAGCACCUGCCCGAAUAUCAGCUACUCUAUGGGGCCAAUGGUAAGACCAAGCUACAUGAUGUCCCCGGUGGUGGUGGUGGAGGUGAGCUUUCGGAGGCAGCGGCCCAUGAAUUGGUCCUAAAGGAAAUUGCCAACACCUUGGCCCAACGCAAGAAACUGGUGGCCCAAGUUUCGAGCAUUGAAAAGGAGGCCAAGAGUUUGGAAAAGGCUGCCGAGGAACGUAGGGCCACUGCUGCUCUAUUGGCUCAAGGCACCAAUAUAAUUGUGGCAAAUAAUAACUCAAGUGCCUGCAGCAGCAGCAGUAGAUCUUCUUCGGCCAUGGAUGUGUCACCGGCAAAUCAACCCCUGCAAUUGACCACCCACAAUCAUGUAAAUACCACAACGAUAUCCAUUAACCAUGUAGCCAAUUCAAAUUGCUCCUCCGCAUCAUCGUCGUCGUCGUCAUCCCUGUCUGCGGCCACAGCAGCUGUUGUGGGGUCAGCUGGCCCAUCUUCUACCCCCUCUACCUCUUUAGUGCCAAAUAAUGCUACAAUUCAACCGUCUAUAACUGUUACCAAAACCACCAGCAACACCGGUAAAUCGGGUAGAAAGGCCCGGGAUCAUCGUUCACGUUCCCAGGAAUGGCCGGAUGUGCCAGAUGUGGGCAAAAUCGAAGAAAGUAAUCCGGAAGUAUUGGCCCAAAAGAUAUUGGAAACUGGUCGUAAAAUUGAGGCUGGUAAACUGGCCAAGCAACAACAACUGCAGCAACAACAGCAGCAUCAUCAGCAACAACAACCUUUGGCCCUCAACAAUCACCACCACUAUCAGAUGCAAGCUCAGCAUCAUUUGCCUCACGCAGCUGCUGCAGCUCAUCAGCAGCAACAGCACCAUCAUCAUCCCCAUCACCAUCCGGAAGAUAAACCCUAUCGUAAAAAACAUGAACGUUCCGCAAGUAAUGAACAUUUGCCCAGUAUAGGUGGCGCCUAUGCUGCCCAGUACUCUGGCCAACAACAUCCGGAUGCGGCCACAUUAAUGCCAGCCCCCAAGCAAAGAAAUUCCGGAGGAGCUGAACAGCCCAUGAAUUUGAAUAACAGCAACAACAAUGCCAUGCGUGCCCUAAAUGGACCCGGAACAGUUGGCAGCAGCAGCAGUUCGAGUAUUUUGCCCAAAUGUGAAAUGCCGGGAAUGCGUAAAAAUCAUGCCUCCCCCGCUGCUGUGGUAAGCAUUCAGGAAUCACCAAAAGUGGCCAACUUUGAGGAUCGACUCAAGAGCAUUAUAACCUCAGCACUAAAUGAGGAUCAGGAACAGCGUAAGGCCCAGCAGGUGAAUCAGGUACAAGUGGACAUUACACCCAUAAAGCAGCCGACAACAGCUGCGAAAAGGCAAAAACAUGCACCACCUCCUCCUCCCCUGCCGCAAAGCAAUCACAAUUCGCUGAGUAACAUCAUCAAUGUGGCAACGCAUAGCAUGACCCACCUAAAUGCCACAACCACAAUAUCGCCCAUCAACACAACAUUGCCUCCUCCACCCCAGUCGGGUUCACACAACAAAUAUGCGAGUGGUGGUGUCGGCUCGGCAUCAUCCAAGGCCAUGUUACAUCCCCUGAAUACAACGUCUUCCGGUGUUAUGAAUUCCACAGCAUCAAAAUCCAACUCCUCAUCGACGGCAAAAUAUGGCCAUCAUCCAAAUCACAUUGGUGGGCCACCCCAUUUGAACAGUAGCAGCAGUAGUUCGGGUAAUAACCAUCCCUAUGGCCAUCCUGCAGAACAUAAUAUGCUGAGGAGGCGUAGUUCUAUAAGUGCAGCCAGUUAUGAGCAAUAUAUGGCACAACAACAACAGCAUCACCAUAUGAAUCAAAAUCUGCACCAUCAUCAUCAGCAACAGCAUCAGCAUCAGCAGCAGCAACCAUUGAUGAUGAACGCCAAUAACCACAAUAAUAUGUCAUUGGAGUUCAAACAGCCACCCUUGGAAAAUCAUUUGGCCCAUCAGCAACGUUCCAGCAGUCGGGAAAUGUUAAUCGAUGAAACGCAGCCUGUACGUUCCAGUUCUGCAAAUUCUGAUUCAGCUUUGUCUUACUAUCCACCAACCAGGGAUCGUCUGAUGUCCAUGGAGAGAAGUAAUAGUCGAGAAUCUGCAACGGCGGGUCAACAUCUUGGCGGAGGUGCUCAGCAACAACAACAAUCACAACAGCCUCCCAGCCGACCAAGCUCAAAUUCAUCUCAACCCGAUUAUACCCAAGUCUCACCGGCCAAAAUGGCCCUUAGAAGACACCUCUCCCAAGAGAAAUUAAAUCAACAUAUGCCUCCCGGGUCGGCAGGGGCUAGUGGUGGCGGUAUGGCUUCCAAAACAAUUGGUGAUUUGGUUAAUGGAGAAAUUGAGAGAACUCUGGAAAUAACCCAUCAAUCGAUUAUCAAUGCGGCCGUUAAUAUGUCAACGGUGGGCAAUGCCUCCGGUGAACGUAAUCCCUACCUAUUGGAACGUAGCAUUUAUGGUAGCAGUCAUGAUCUGCAGCGAGAAAGGGAUCGUUCCAACGAAAGGGAAAGAGAACGCGAAAGAGAGCGAGAAAGAGAACGCGAACGUAUGAUUAUCAACAGCAAUGCCCAGAGGCCAGAACGUGUUCAUGUCAAACUGAUGGAUGAGGCCGGCCAGCAUGGCGGGCCAGGAGCUGCUCCUCCUCAACAGCCACCAAACGCUUCAGCAGGCAACUACGCUGAAAUAUCUCCCAGAAAUGCAGGAGAACCCAAAUCCGCAUAUGCCCAUAAUUUAGCGACAUUGGCUAACGUUGCAUAUCAACAUAAAUCAAUGGUUGGUUCGAAUAAUAAUGCAGUGGCUGGUGGUGCUGCCGCCGCCGCUGCCUCGUCGACAGCAGCAUCUUCCUCCUCCUCGUCGUCAUCGUCUAGACAUUAUAAUAAUCGGGAAAGAGAAGCAUCCUCUUAUCAUUCAGCAGCUUCAAAUGCUAAAAUGCCCGCAAAUAUGACAAAUUCUUCAAAUACAUCAACAGCAUCAUCGUCUGGCGCUGCUCCCAACAACAGGGAUUAUCAACCGGUUGCCUUGCCCAGAGCCGAAAUGAAACCCUGUAUAGAAGCAUACUUUCAGGAGGAACAACAUCAACAUCAUUCAUCAUCUUCCUCGCAUUCACACAAAUCCAACAACAAGGAGAAACAUUCGAAUCGAGGCAAUCGCAUGAACGGCACCAAUCCUCCAUUGGAAGGUUUAGCUGCCUCAUUGAUGGCUUCACGUAAAUUUCGGGAAGAGCAUGAGGAACGACAAAAACGGGCAGCAGCUGCUUCAUCAACAAGUGGUGGUGCGACAAAUGGCAAUAAUAACAACAGCGGUCACAAUACGGAACACAAUGUCAAUCAUAAUCAAAUGCAUCAUUAUGCCAGCAACAAUAACAAUGCAUAUGGAGGUGGUGGUGGUGGUCACCACCAACAGCCAACAUCAACAAAUCACAAUAGCCACCAUCAUCAACACAAUGGGACACCCAUGAAGGUGGAACUUGGUGUAAAACGUACUUCGCCCAUGACCAAUCAUCAUCCAAGGCCUUCCAAGAUACCCCACUAUGAACAGCAGUCGCAUAUGGGAAAUCAUCAUAAUCAGCAGCAACAACAGUUGCAAACGGGUAAUACAACAUCUUCCGUUAAUCCCUAUGCCAAUACAAAUGGAGGUGGACUCAAUCAUCAUCAUCAUCCUCAUCAUAGCCAGCAUGCAGCCGGGGGUCAUCAAGUGGCUGGUGGUUAUCCCCAGCAUUCGCCAUCUUCUUCGUCGGCACAACAACACAGACGUGGUAAUAAACAAACUGUGGAACCUUUACUUAUGAGUCCUGAAAUUAAUUCAAUAAUGGGCGGUGAUGAUGGGCGAUCGUCAUCAUCAUCAUCAUCGGCCAAUCAUGGUGGUAGACCAACUGUUAAUAAUAGCCAUCAUCAGCAUCAUCAUCAGCAUAAUAAACAACAACAACAACAGCAACAUGGUCAUGGUCAGGGUCAUUAUCACCAGCAGCAACAACAGCAUCAGUCCCAACAACAACAACACCAAAAUAACAACAAUAACCACCAUAUCCAUCAACAUAGCCAACAUCAUCAACAACAACAGCAGCAGCUGCUUCAUCAUCAUAACUCCCUAACCAACUCCACUCCAAUGACCAACAACAACAGUCAUCAUCAACAACAACAACACCACAACCACCACCAUCACCAGCAACAUUUAUCACAUAACUCUACAAGCAAUACCUCUGCUGCAGCAGUCCUAACAAAUACCAACACCAAUCCCACUGUUGUGGGAGGUCGUGCCGCAGAUGAUGAGUCCAUAAUUUAGCCGUACCCAGAACAACAAAUGACCAAAAUAUCCCAUUUGCCGAUGAUCAUGAUCCUCCUACUUGUUCUUCCCCCACUAGCGAUGAAUAUUGUGGCGAAUAACAACAAUCUAAAAUGACAAUAAUUUCAAACAUACUAUAUACCUACCUACAUACAUAUAUCAUAUAGCAUAUUUUGUAGAGUUAGUUAGAUAGCAAUGGUUACAACAAUUUUUUUAUUUUGUAUCUUCAGUUUUUUAUACAAAUUUGCCUUUUUUGAUUUCAAUUGUUUUAACUAAAUAAUCCUCUUUUUAAAAACCAACCUCCUUGAUAUAUACAAAAUUAUUUAAUGUUGUUUAUUUUAUAUGCAAAUUCUUUUUUACAAAUAUCGCACACCUUUGCAAUAUAUAAUAUAUUUUUUUUUCUAUAUAACUUUUAUUUUGUUUCAAUUAUUAAAAAUAACUAAAAAAAAACAAACCUCAACCAAUUUUUUUUUAAUAUUAUUUGUUUUAUUUUUUAUGUUAUGUAUUUGUUUCGAUGUUGUUGUCAUUGUUGUCAAUAUCUUAUAUGUUAAAUGUAAUUAGGGAUAUAUGGGCGAGGGGACUCAAUUAAAUCUCCCAACUUCUUAAUGGUCGGUAAUUCGGAAGAAAUUUAUUAAGAAGAAAUGCUAAACCUAAAUCGAAUCAAAUGUUUUCCAAACAAUGGGGUUAUGAUUUAAUAAUACUUCAAUCGAUUUUGGUUUUGCAUUAUUUUAGAGAAGCCCAAAUUAUAUAUCUGUUAGUUAAAUUCAUUUAAGCCCAUACAAAAAAAUAUUCCAGAAUAAAAACCUGAGUUGAUCUGCCAAUCAUUUUGAGAGUUUACCUCGUUAUGCUAUGCUUUUCAUACCCUACAGCACAUAGUGAUCAGGGUAUUAUGUCUUUGUGCAUUUGUUUGUAACAUGAAGAAGGAAGCGGGAUAGACUCAUAGUUCCUUUUGAUGAUCUGUAUAGAAUCACAUUCUGAGUCGAUUUAUGCAUGUCCGUCCGUCUGUCCAUGUAUUUUUUUGUAAACAAAGUACAGGUCACAUUUAUUGACCAAUCGAGAUGAUAUUUUGCACAAAUAAUUUAUUUGGCUCAAAGACGAACUCUUUUGAAAUUGGAGAUAAUCGGGCAAAAUUUAGAUAUGGCUCCCACACAUAUCUUCAACCGAUUUCGGGUUAAUUGUGCACCAAAUGCCCAGUAUCAGUCCAAAUGACCUGAAUUUUGGCAUAUCUUACCGAAUUUAGUCUAGCAGCAAGUACAUCAAAUUUAGUGAAAAUCCGUUCCGAUUUAGCUAUAGCUCCUAUAUAUAUGUUUCUUCCGAUUUGGGGUUUUAGGUUCCUCACAUGCGUAAUAUACACCCCACCAAUGUAUCUUUGGUACCAGACAUCAGAUACAGUUCAGAAAUAAUUGCCUAAAAUGUUGUCAAGAUCUGUUCGGAUUUGGAUAUAGCUCCCAUAUAUAUGUCUUUACCGAUUUCAGGUUUAUAUCAGCCCAAAUGACUUGAAUUUCAGCACAUCCGACCGAAAUUAGCCUAGAAACUAUUACUUCAAAUUUGGUGAAAAUCAGUUCAGAUAUAGCAAGAUCGGUCCAGAUAUUCAUAUAACCCCCAUAUAUAUAUUUAUUCGAUUUCGGUAUUUUGAUGAUUUUGGCUACAUUAUUCUCCGGAAUGGUAUCAAAUUUCGUACUUACACUUCACAAAUGGCACUACAGCCUGUGACAGAUAAUUGUCUAUACAGGUCCACGUCUUCGCAAUGCCCCUCAUAUAUCGGUACCUCCCUGUAUUUUGUGUUUUGAUGAUUUUGGCUACAUUAUUUACCGGAAUGGUAUCAAAUGUCGUAUUUGCACUUCAUAACGAGUACUAAAACCUGUAACAGAAAAUUGUCUAUUCACGUCCACGUCUUCGUAUAGCCCCAAUAUAUCGGUACCAUUAUUCACCGGAAUGGUAUCAAAUUUCGUACUUACACUUCACAAUUGGCACUACAGCGUGUGACAGAAAAUUGUCUAUACAGGUCCACGUCUUCGAAAUGCCCCCAUAUAUCGGUACCUCCCUAUAUUUGGUGUUUUGAUGAUUUUGGCUACAUUAUUCACCGGAAUGGUUUCAAAUUCGGUAUAUGAAGUUCCAUAUGGGUAUAUAGCCCCCAUUUAACCUUACCUCCCAAUAAUCGGAAUUUUUAAUGAUUUAAGCUACAUUUUCAACCGAAUUAUCUAAAACUUGGUAUUAGGCGUUCGAUUAUUGAUUAUUGUCAGAUUAUAGUCCAUUGUGGUCCACGUUUUCAUAUAGCUCCCAUACAAAUUUUGAAAAUUUCAAAAAUUUAGCUGCAUUUUUCAUCGUAUUUUUUUUUCACCGAACUUAACUGCUUUGCUACUUGCUUUUAGUAAUUUGAUGUAGUUGUGGUGAUAAAUGACAUCUACCUUACUUCCCUCCAAUAUCAUGUAGAUGGGACAGAUAGAAAACAAUGUUUUAAAUAUGUAAUCGAACAAGAAGAAGAUUUUCCAUUUAUUUCUAAGAAGAAAACAUUGAAUACCUUGUUUUUUUUUUUUAAAUUUUUCAAAUUUUCCAAAAGCAGUCAAGCUUUACAUUUAAAUGAUAAACUUGAACCCAUUAAAUAACAAUAAUAAUAUAUUAAGAAUUGUUGUUUAUAACUUAGCUUUUUCCUUCAAACAUGUGAAACAGACAAACAAUUUGUUUAUGAAAUCAAAAUUGAAAUUAAAAUAAAAAAUACGGCAACACAGUUGGUAAUGGUAUACUAAAUUAAAUUUGAAAGUAAGAUCUAAAUUAAAA